AUGGGCACUAAGCAAUGGUUGCGACUUAUGGAGGCACAAAAAUACGGGAACGACAAGAACAGAUCUCAGGCAAACACCUCAUCUCUGGGCCAUUGCUGCCGCCUGCAUCUGGCCAUUACUCGCCCCCAGUGUCGCAAGGCCGUGUCGACAAUCGCCUUGGCAUUGCCGAACCAAGGCAUCACUAAAAUCCAACGACCAGUCUUCCGUGUCCGAAGCUCACUCCAUCUGGCCCAACUCGAGCUUGUUGUGUUCAGCCUAGUCCCGUAG